AUGACAAACAUACCCAGCUUCAUUCAAAUGUGGAUGGCUUGGUUACUUGCAGUGAUUCCUGAAUUGAGAGUUUUAACAAACCCUAAAUGGAGAAUCAUGUUUAACGAUAAAUACUCCCAAGUAGAACAGUCCUCAAAGUUUCUAGCGCUAAUAGUAUACUCUCAUGUUCCUCCUACUUCACAAUUGCUUCAAUAUUGCUGGCUUCUUUCUCAUGCUUGCACAAUUGUUGGUUGCUUAGCUUAUGGCUAUUGGUAUACUGACACUUCGUUGUUGUGGUACUCCUUUACCACCUCUUCUGUUGUGACAACGUAUUUCUUAGUAACUUAUCGUCAUAUUUCCUUAACGUUGGGAAAAAGACUACAGGCUAUAAGCCAAAGCAGCAAGGCUUAUGCAGCAGGAAUGAUAUCCGAUCUCAAUAAGAACGAUAAGACAGUUGUUUCCAAAGUCGAACCAGUGCCCUUAUCAGUAGUUUUGAAAUCAGAAAAUACCCAUCUUUUGGGUAAUGCCUUGCUUAUAGCCACCACCAAUACGAACGGCUUGAAGCUUGUUCCUAUGGCGAUGUAUUCCUUUAUGAACCUAGUCACCUUUUAUCUUAAUAAUGCUUGCCCUGUUGAUGAUAGUAUUGUUCCAUUGGUCAAUUAUGGUGAAGAUGGAUUGCUUAUAGUGGCAGCAGCUUUUGAUAAUGCUCUUCCCUUGGUAUACCUUUCUGAAUGCUUUGGGAAUGGUUUCACUAAUGGCAUCCAUGCUUUGGUGUUGUACUGCAUUAUUUAUGGUCUUAGACUUGAUAACUCCGAGUCCACCAGAAUGGCCUUCAAAACCUUAUUGAAACUAUGGAAACUCGCUAUCAGUUGUCUUCCAUUUUGUGAACCGGUGGUCACAGUUUUGAUGAAAGCUGAGUUAUUGAUUUUCAGUAAGACCAAUCAUGGAAGACUGAAUAAAAAUAUAAAUAUUCCCAAGAAAAGAGUUACUUCAACAACCGUAUAUGAUGAUACCUUAAGUAUUAUCUAUGAUUAUUAG